GAAGAAAAAACGAACGUCAUUCACAGGAAGCGGCAACGAGAGACUCCAGCACUCGAGGACCUCCAUAAAGACCCAAAGAUUUAUUCUUCUGGUUAUUAGAAAUUUUGAAAAGCGACUCGUGUAUACUUUUUGGUGACGUACUGGUCAGAUUUUUAUUCGCAGUGAAGGAUUGUAGGCUAUUGUCACGAUGCCGAGAGGAGGGAAAAAAGGCCACAAAGGUCGGGGCAAGCAGUUUAGCAACCCUGAGGAGAUCGAGCGACAGAUGCGAGCCCAGAGGGAGAUGGAAGAAAACGGUGAUGCAGAGCGCGAGAGUGCAUCUGACUCUGAGGAGGAGAGCAGUAGUGAUGAUGAAAAAAGUCAAAGGAGGAAUGGAGUACAAGGGUUGAUUGAAAUCGAGAAUCCCAACCGUGUCUCCCAGAAGAGCAAAAAAGCUGCUGAGGUCGACGUCGAAGCACCAAGAGAGCUCACACGCAGAGAAAGGGAGGAGAUUGAGAAGCAGAAAGCUAAGGAGCGUUACAUGAAGCUGCAUCUGGAAGGAAAGACCGAUCAGGCCAGAGCAGACCUCGCCAGACUGGCUAUUAUUAAAAAACAGAGAGAAGAGGCAGCAAAGAAGAGGGAGGAACUGAGGAAAGAAAAAGAGGCACAGGAGGCCAAGUCGAAACGUUAAGGCUCGUCCCCAUCCUGAGGACUCGGUUAAUGGGGGCGGGAGGGAAGGGACCAAAUUAAUUAGGGAGACAGCUCAGGGGGUGUCCAGACACUGUCCUUUCAUCCUUCAUUGGCAGGGACAGGCAGCGAUUUGGACAUUAAGAGUCACAUCACAUAAAGUGGGGGUUAAAGACAUGAACUCACUGGUUUGCUUAUUGGUACCUAAAACUGGUAGCAAUCAGCAAGACCACCUUGUCCUCAUGUCCUUUCCCCCAUACCGCCGAUGUGUUCUGAUCCUACAGCUGCAAGAGUUUACUCUUAAAUUUGCUCUUUUGGUAUGUUUUAAUAAAGCUUUGAUUGGGUUGUUGGCCACGGAUGCGUUCUCACUGACGUCACCUGGCAUGCUACUAGAGAGUAGGGUAGAGUAAUGAAUGGAGAAACACUAGCAAACUUGUAGAACACCAUCUGCUCUUGAUCUGACCUUAUUGCUGUAUGUUUUUUAUUCUCUGUGGAUAAGCUACACAUAUAUCCUUUUUUUUUUUUUUUACUGAACAAAAUGUUUUUCCACCCACUUUUUUGCAUGCUAGUUGCAAGAUAUAUAAACUUAUAAGAAAUGACUAAUUCUACACCAUUUAAAUACAUAAUUGAUUUGUUCACUUUGAAUGGGACAUCAGCAGUAUUAUGCACACCUAAACAACUUAACAGUAUGUAUGCUUAUAAUCAGAAGUUUUUACUUCCCCAUGUAUUCUGUUGUGCUUACAUUUCUCUGUAAAUGCCUUUUUUCCCCCCUCAUGACCAACUCAUAAACAUACCUCUUGUAUAUUAGGCCUUUCUCACACCGGGUUUUUAACAUCUGUCUGGUGUGAUGUGAUCAGACGUGGAUCAGCAUUUUCAUGCGUCUUGAAUGCAUCUCCAGUAAGCGCGUGGCCAUGACAGUGGAUUAGGUGGUGCUUUGUAUUAAGUUCACACUACAGAUUGUAUGGUCAUAUGCUUUUAAGUCGAUUGAAGGAUCUGAUUUCAGCGCAUGCUCAAAGAUGCAGAGGAACGUGUUUCCACUCGUUCCUUAUAUGCCUUCUACUUGUGAUCAGAUCACUCAGGGUAAAUGUAAAUGCCAUGUCUGAACAGGGUCUUUAUAUUCUUCAGCUUGUUGAUGGGACUUGAAUUGCCUUGAAUAUUAGGGGAAGCAAUAUUACAGUGAUGCAAAUGAAACAUUCAGCUUGGUUUCAAAAGGAAUAUAUUUACGUAAGUGUUUGAAAGAUUUGUAAAGUGUUCUCCAUGACAAAUAUUUACAGGCAUUAUUGUUAGGGAGCAAUUGGAUGUUUAUCCCUGUUUUGAUUUUGUGGUAUAGAAAUAAAAACAUUAGUACAAACA